ACACUUUUUUUUGUUAUUAUUAUUUUAUUAUUAUUAUCAUUAACUCUUUUUUUUAUUGUUGAAUUAGUUUCAUCACUUUUAAAUUCAAAAUUCAUAAGGCAGCUUGGUAAAGUCACCGCUGGGUCAAUGGAGCCCUUAAAAGAGUCCCCUUCCCUCCCUUCUCUGAUUGGUAAAAUUACUGCGUGCUGUGCAAACCUAAAUGUACUGCGUGUGGCAAGGAAUUAUAUGAAAGGCGAUAUUUUGACGUACAAGAAAUAUGAUUCGAGCCUGCUCUUAUCCGCUGUGAUGCCGCUGCCAAAAUGCCUGCCAUUUUCAAAUUUCAACCAAAUUUUGCAUAAAACAAAAGAUGUAAAUUAGGUGAAUGAUUCGUGGACAUUGUAUAGUUCCGUUAUGAAACAUGAAGUUAUACCAAAAAUGUUUUGAAAAUGGUGCUGACGAAAGCCUUUAGUGUUUACAAACGGUCGAACAAUACACAAGCUGUUUCAGUUCUGCUUGAGAAGCGCGACAGAUCGGAAUCUUUGCUAUUUGAAAGUGGUGCGGUUGCUGAAUUAGCAUCUUGGGAAACAGUAACAAUUAAAAAGGAUUACAACAAAUUAUGUGAUGCAUAUGGCUGUCUUGGUGUUCUCAAACUUAGUUUAAAUGAAAAUGUAAGUUAUUUGUAUUUGGUGUUGGUGACAGGCUGUCAUUCUGUUGGAAAAAUAAAAUAUAGUGAGAUUUCUUGUGUUACAUCAACAGUGUUCAUAGCCCUAGGCGAUCAUGCCGAGAUAGGAAUUUCUGAAGUUCGAAAGUUGCUCAAUUCUGGUUCUUUUUAUUUCACCAUAUCAUUGAAUGAGAGUGAAGCUCCAUUAGAUCUCAGCUUAAGCUACCAAUCUCAGUGUGUUUCUUCUGAGCCAGACAAUCGCUUUUUUUGGAAUCAUGCCUUGCAUGCACAUCUACAGAAAUUUACCAUUGACUGUUCAGCAUGGCUCAUUAACAUCAUGUGUGGAGGUAUUGAGCUAAAGACUGUUUAUGCUGGAGCAAGACAGGCCAAAGCAAUGGUUAUAUCAAGACUAAGUUGUGAGCGGGCUGGUACUAGAUUUAAUGUACGAGGUGUUAAUGAUGAUGGACAUGUUGCAAACUUUGUUGAAACUGAACAGGUGAUUGUUUUGGAUAACAGUAUUUCCGCUUUCCUUCAAACUCGAGGCUCAGUUCCAGUCUUUUGGGAACAACCUGGAAUUCAAGUGGGUUCUCACAAAGUGAAAAUAUCGCGUGGAUUUGAAGCCUCACAACCUGCCUUUGACAAACAUAUAUUUGCCCUCAAAAGUUUGUACAGUGAUCAACUUCUCAUUAAUCUCCUUGGCAGUAAAGAAGGAGAAUCGUUUUUGAGUGCAGCGUAUCAAAAACAGCUAAAGGCAUCUGUUCACUGUGGUGGUACACCACUUAUUUUAUUUGACUAUCAUCGUUUAUGCAAAGGAGGAAAGCGAGAAAAACUGGAAUUACUAAAGAAAAAAGCUGAACCAUAUUUAAAUAAGUUCGGUUUUUUCGUAAGAAAUGGCGAAGAAAUAAUAAGACAACAGACUGGUACUAUUCGUGUCAACUGUUUAGACUGUUUGGACAGAACGAAUGCUGUUCAAUCUUAUGUGGGUCUCGAGAUGCUUCAACUUCAACUUGUCGAACUUGGCCUCGGUGAUAGGACAUCUCUGGUGUCGAGGUUCAUGGAGUGCUUCAGGACAAUGUGGGCAAAUAAUGGUAACCUGGUUAGUCGAACUUAUACAGGAACUGGAGCAAUGGAAGGGGGUGCAAGGUUUGGGAGCAAGCUACACGAUGGAGCUGUUUCUGUAAGGAGAACUAUAAAAAAUAAUUUUUUCGACGGCAGCAAACAGGAAGCCAUUGAUAUCUUACUUCUUGGAAACACGUUUGUUGGCGAACUUGGUGACCGUGCAAGAGCUUUGCUACAAGGUGCAUUUCUUCAUGGGUCGUCAGCUAUUUUGCGAGAAUUGUGUGACCGACAUUUGGAGUACACUAAAUGGCGUACGGUUCGCGUUUGCAUAGGUACAUUUAAUGUGAAUGGUGGUCGUCAUUUCCGUAGUAUUGCGUACAAACACCAAUCUUUGGACGACUGGUUAUUGGAUUUUCACCUCAGACAGCCCAAUGGUUGUGUUGAAAGAAACACUGAUUUUUCGUUAGUCACUGAUAUAUUUGCGAUCGGAUUCGAAGAGUUAGUUGAUUUAAAAGCAGGAAACAUUCUAUCAACAAGUGCAGCGCAGCGUUUGGACUGGGGCGAUGAAUUGAAAAAAGUUAUAUCCCGUGAUACACCAUAUGUUCUUCUCACGUGUGAGCAGUUGGUCGGUGUCUGUUUGUUUGUAUUUGUACGAGCACAUCUUGUCGAGGACAUUAGAGACGUGGCGGUGGAUAGUGUCAAGACAGGUCUUGGAGGAAGCACUGGAAACAAGGGAGGAGUGGCAAUACGCUUUUUACUUCAUUCUACGUCACUAUGUUUCGUUUGUUCCCACUUUGCCGCUGGACAAUCUAACGUAGCCGACAGAAAUAGUGAUUAUCAUGAUAUUGUGAAUAAAAUUGAAUUCCCCAUGGGGAGAACAGUCCUUCCUCAUGAUUAUGUAUUUUGGUGUGGUGAUUUUAACUAUCGUAUUGAUCUUCCCAUGGAGGAUGUAAAGGAGGGAAUUUCACAAGAGAGUUUUGACCUUCUGCAAGUGGAAGAUCAAUUAACAAAGAGUAGAAAAUCCAACAAGUGUUUUCGUGGUUUCAACGAAGGAAAAUUGACUUUUGCACCCACCUAUAAAUUUGACCCAUUCUCUGAUGAUUAUGACACUAGCGAGAAAAUGCGCAUACCGGCUUGGACUGAUCGCGUGUUGUGGCGACGUCGAAAACCCAGGUCAAAAUUCACGGAAAAUACCGUGGUGGAUGGUGGUGGCAAAGACUCUUUAGUCGAUAUUGAGAGUGAAUGCUCAGAAGAAGAUGAUGAAGAGGAGGAAAACAAUACUGAAGAUGAGAGUAGAUCAGGUAUGGGAAAGUCUUUUCAUCUUGAUGGAAACAGCAUUAAUUGGUCCGUUGGAAAGCUGCUGUAUUAUCAUUCUGCACAGCUUAAAACAUCUGAUCACAGACCAGUAGUGGCUCUUAUUGAAAUUGAGAUUCAAUCUAUUGACCAAGACAAGGAAUCUGAUGUGCACAAUGAAGUCAUUAUGUCGAUGGGUCCUGCUGAUCCUACGGUGAUCAUUACAUCUGAAGCAAAUGAAGAAAUCAAUACUGACAAAUUCCUCUCUCUUGUUGAAGACAUCGGUGAAACUGUUUUAGUCAGGGUUAUUGACAACGAGUUAUUUGUCACAUUUGAUGAUGGCAGAUCAGCUUUGCAAGCUCUAGAGCUUAAUAACACCAAGAUUGAUGAUGUUGUGAUAUCAGUUAGAUUAAAAUCUGAUACAUUGCUUUCCAAGACUGACAUGACUGUAGGAGACCUCGGUGGGGUUUUAUCAAAUGCAGAAUCAAAUCGUGCUCGCACACUCUCGGAAAUACUACAAGAGUCCCCUCAACAAACUGCAGCAUGUCCUCUCUUGCAUCCUAUUAGAAUAACCUCACAGGACUCGGACGACGACGAGAGUGAGAUUGAAGAUGAAAAUGACAUUGAAAAUGAAGAUGCACAAGAAAUAAAAAGCGGUAAUAGUUUUCAAGAUGUUCUUGUGGAAAGCAUGAUUCAGAGUGAACUGAAGGCUUCUCAUCCUUCAAAAAGACCAGCACCUCCAAGUCGACCACAGCGCCCCGCAAGAAGCCCUCAGAUGCAAGAGAAGAAAAUCACCUCUCCUUGUAAUCCCGAACAAGCCGAGGUUACGGGUGAAUCCGCAGUAAGUCAGUGCAAUAAGCCAGAUACAAAGCGGAGAGUAAUCCCCACAAGACCAGAGCCACCCAAUGCAACCAAAGCUUUAUCUGCAACAAUGAAAGCUGAUGACUCGUUGCAAUCGGAAAAAAAUCCUGCUCUCCCAAGAAAAAAUGUUAAAAGUCAGGUGACAAAACCCUCUCCUCCCCAAAGACAUGCUGACGCAACAUCAAAUAACAUAAUACUGUCAGCUAACUCUGAGGUCAUUGUGAAAAGGAGCAUUGAAUGUGUUGAAUCGUCUUUAAAACAUAACAAUGAUGAAAUGACAUCGGACGUCGACACUAAAGCAAACACUUACGCGAGUAAAAAUGUAAUAAACCACGAAAAGCCCGUACCUCCCGCAAGAAAACGCAACUUUCAAAAGAAUGAAAUUAUGAAUACAACGACAAACAAUCUUUCCAAAUCUCAUUUCAUGUCACAAUCUCAAUUAAGUAUAGUUAAGCCUACUACGGUCUUGCCUGCAAGAUCAAAAACACCGCCACCUAGGACUCCUCCUAGUCGGCCACCUCCACCUUUAAUAUCAACAUCAGUUGAAAAGCGUACAGAAAUGGAGUCAAAUGUUGAAAACAUAGAGUCGGAAGCAGUUUCUCCAUCUCGUAGAAAAAAAAGUAGAAGCCUAAAGCUAAUUCGGAAAAAACCCCAUGAAGAAUCGUCGUCUUCCGUAAAUAUCAGUGGUCCAUUUGAUGUAAAACACGUUACACAUGUAGAUGUGAACAAUGUCAAGCCUCUUCUUGGUAUCAGCUCUCACGAAGCAAAUGUGGAUAAAAUAAAGUCUGAGAAUAACAUCAAAACUUAUAUGAGCGUACAAGAUAAAAAUUCCAUGGAUCAGACAAUCUUCGUUGCAAAAGAGCAAUGGAAACUAGUAAACCCGUUCCUGUACCACGAAGAAAGACAGGGAACAAUAACUCUGAAACGAACAAGGGGUCCUAUCAUAAGACUCAAGCUGAUAGCUUCAUGCCUGUUGAGAAAGUACCUCCAAAAUUACCUCCUCGACCUGUAGACGAAAAUUUAGAGUUUAAAACUGUUCAUUCCGACGAACGGGUGCUUGAUACUACUCGGGCAAAAUAUCCCCCAGAAAUACCGCGCAGGCCCGGUUUUUCUGAAGAAAGUACAGGAACUUUUUCAAAUAGUACCUUUGAUAUACCAGAAGUUAUUGAUUUGAUGAAACCACAGGAAAAUGCUCCCAUUCCUCCUCCAAGAAAAGGGCGUAAAAGUUAGCAUUUCGACUACAUCACUGGAAUGGGAGUGGAACCUUUCCUAUAGUUCGUGAAAUGUCUUAAUUCUUUGAAAAUUAUAUCUUGUAAUGUUUUCUUUGUCCAAUACAAAUAAAUAUUUGCGAACUUUCAAUAAAGGAAGACCACGAA